CUCACCUGUACUGCAAUAAUACCUGUCACCGUAGCAGAUGACCUCUUGCCACAACACGUGACCUCUUUGACAGAGGGCCUGAGUGGGGAAAACACAACUUAGGAUAUUCGCAGGGCUUGUCCAGUCAAACAAGAGGCAUCAACGGUGGAAUCACGUGAGACCUCUUGGACAUGGAGAGCCUGAUGGAGGAAGCCGGCACCAGAGGGCGCUUUCAGGUCUUGAUGGUUACAGCCUUUAAGGUGGGAAUGCUACCUGUGGCCUGGAGCAUGAUGCAAAUGUCCUUCGUUGGCCUCGUCCCCGACUGGUGGUGUGAACCACCAAGUGGCAGCAUCUUUUCUUAUGGCAACUGGUCGCGAGACAACGCAACGUUUCACAGUUGCACGAGACAGAACGAGACUUGCCAAAACUUGAUCUUUGACGACAGUGUUCGAACCGUCGUCAACGAGUGGUCCCUUGUGUGUGACCUCAGCUACGUCAAGCCCAUGAUGACAUCAUUGCAAAUGGCGGGCGUGCUGGUGGGAGCCUUGCUGGGUGGACAGAUGUCCGACUCGCUGGGGAGGCGCCUGACGGUGUACGCCACGUCUCUGACUCACACAGUCUGCUGUGUAGUCGCGGCUUUCUCCGUUUCCUGGCAGAUGUUCGCUGUGAUGCGCACCUUGACUGGCGUCACCCUGGGUGUCUACCUCGUAGCCUCGUUUUCAUUUCCCUUGGAGUUUGUCAGUCCAGCAUGGCGGCAGACGGUGGCGUUUAUCCCAGGCUGGAGUUUCGGCAUUUUUCUAUUUUCCUUGAUAGCCUGGCUGUUUCCACAUUGGAGCUAUCUCCACAUCGCUCUGGCCAUUCUCUCGGUACCAUUCCUUCUGACCUGGUUUGUCAUGCCAGAGAGCGCUCGUUGGCUGGCGGUCAAAGGUCGCCUUGAGGAAGCGGAGGCAGUGAUUGAGUUAGUGGCCCGUGUCAACAGGCGCCAGAAGCCCCCCGACACGCUGGACAGACUGCGCAAGGUCGUGGAGAAGGAGCAGAAGACAGGUCAAGGCCGUCGCUAUACGUACAUUGAUGUUUACCGAGGCUGGCGAAUGGCCUUCACCUCGCUCGUUCUCAACUUUAUGUGGUUUUGCAUGUCGUUUUGCUACUAUGGAAUCUCCUUCGGAGUGACUGGUCUUAGUGGUAAUCUUUACCUUAACAUCUUUCUCAUGGCUGCUGUAGAGAUACCGUCCAAUUUCAGUACAGUCUUCCUCAGCGAAAGACUGGGUCGGCGCUGGACUAUUUUUUUGUUCUCCCUGAUCUGCUCAUUGUCCAGUUUCAGCAUACUUAUUGUUGACCUUACAGUCCCUAAAGAUAAAACUGCUGUCAUCACCAUGGGACUGGCCAUGGUUAGCAAGCUGGCAGUAGGAGCGGCUCGUCUGUCCAUUCUAACAUUUACAUCUGAACAGUAUCCCACUGUUAUCAGGAAUCUGGGAUAUGGAGCAUCCAACACAAUAUCCCGCGUGGGAGGCGCCUUAGCACCUGUUUUGCUUAAUAUGGACACAGACAAGGAGGUGGUACGUGGCUAUGUGGUGGUAGGUGUUCUACUGGCAGUCUCCGGCUUUGCCACCUUGUUGCUACGGGAGACCAAAGGUCAGGCUCUCAAGGACAGCCUGGAAGUCAUUGCUGAGGAAAGUGAGAAGGUGGAGAGGAGCUCAGAAGGAACGAAUGAAGGCGACAGGACAAGCUCGGAGCCGUCUGUCCAUGAGAUGACUGUGUGGACUGUCAAUAGUGAAGUAGCCAGCAAUGAAACUGUGUCUGUGAAACUAUGAUUGUUUGGAAAAAAAUUUCUCUGUACAUGAUUUU